AUGGGGAUGGACGCCAAUCGCACCCGACUGUACCUUGCGUGGCUCGUCAACGUCUGGUCCUCCAAGCUCUGCGCAAACCCACUCCAGGCCUACCAAUCCACAGUCUGGCCUAACCGCGACGGGCUGCUUGGCCUGCGCAGACCCCCUAGCUCCCUCAAUCGCCUGUAUACGCGCCCAAGGGGCCCGGCGCCUGGUCGCUCGUACCGCCUGGCCGUACUGUACCUGGGGCGGCGCCGCCACGGUCUGCGCACUGUCCCGGCCGCUGAAAGUGAAAGUACCGUCACCACGCCCACUGUAACCAACUGGCAGCGGCCUCUGUUCCCCACCCGAACCUUGACUCUACCGCUAUUCCCUGGCCUGGCCCCGUUGGUCUGCCUCCCCUCAACCGCCAAAAACAAAACCGUCCCCAGCCUGGCCUGGCGACAGUCUCUUCGAUUCUCUUCCUCUCUCUUGUCUUCACGACUCCGCCGACCUCCUCAAUUUUUUCUUCUCUUCUUCCCUUGUGGUUCAGCUUCCGAGACUGAGAGGCGAGAACGAAGGAAAACAACCGGAAAGCUGGAUUUGCCACACAGCCAAGUGCAGACCCGAGGGCCUUCUGACCUCCCGUACUUGGGCUUUCACGCUGCUUCCCGCUCAUCGUUUAUGAGCAGCGAUAGAUUGCCGUCUCUUCCGCCGCUGCCAUACCAGGCAGACUCUUCAAACACCUCUUCACCGCGAGUUGGUUCCAUUGCCUCGUCAAUUAGCUCUCAUACUGGGUCUCUGUCGUCGUAUACCUCUGUUUCAUCGUCAAACGGCCCCAAGACUCCGUCUCCAACGCUGCCUGCCCAAGCCAUCACGGGGCCGGCCACUGCCAUCGUCAGUUACGACGCGAUGAACCAGAGUGCCGACAUGUACUACGCAGGGCACAUGUCAGCUGGGCAGCCGCCCCCUCCUCAGACCGUUACUUCUGGUCUGACGCACUAUUCACACCAGCCUCAGUUGCUCCCUCCUGGGCCUUCACCUUACUCCAACCAAGCUCCCUACAACCAGUAUGGCUACAAUGGCAUGACAUCCCCUACGGCUGCACCUCCGUCAGUAUCAAAUCCCAUGGGCAACCAGUCAACUGUUCUGCCUUCUAUUCCCGGCGUGGCUGGCCAAGCUCAGUACGUCGGAUUCGAUACUACAGGACAGCAACCCCCUCCGGGCAUGAAGCCUCGUGUCACCGCUACACUGUGGGAGGAUGAGGGCAGUCUUUGUUUCCAGGUUGAGGCUCGAGGCAUCUGUGUUGCUAGACGAGAAGAUAACCACAUGAUUAAUGGAACCAAGCUACUCAAUGUCGCUGGUAUGACUCGUGGCCGUCGAGACGGCAUCCUGAAGAGCGAAAAGGUUCGCCAUGUUGUCAAAAUCGGCCCCAUGCACUUGAAGGGCGUUUGGAUUCCGUAUGAGCGAGCAUUGGACUUUGCAAACAAGGAGAAGAUCACCGAAAUGUUGUAUCCGCUCUUUGUUCACAACAUUGGUGCUCUCCUGUACCAUCCUAGCGCGAAUCCCGCAAGGACAAGCCAAGUCAUGACCGCCGCUGACCGACAAAGACGCGAGAGCGUUCCCAUGCGAAACCCACCUCCUCCUGGCCUGCCAUCAAUCGGACAGCACCACCCAUUGGCUCUGCCCGGGCCUCAGCAGUCGCUGCCUUCACAGGCAACCACCAGCAGGCCCCCUCUUGAUCGUGCAGUAACCUUCCCCACGCCCCCUACUAGUGCUUCUAGCGUGAUGGGAAGCAUGGCCACCUCCGAAGGCUUCAACUGGUCGAGCCAGGGCAUGAAUGGAUCACAAGGUGCCAAUUCCAUGACAAUGGAUGGCGGCCUUAAUGGCGCACGCUCUAUGCCCAAUACUCCUGCUGCAACUCCUCCGGGCUCCAUCCAAAGCAUGCAAUCUUAUCCCUCUGCCGCUCAAGGAUAUGACAACCAGCGUCCGAUGUACAACGCACCGUCGGCUCAGCACUCGCCUUACCAGAACUCGGCGAACCCUCCGCCGGACCGCCUGUACAGCCAGCCUGGCCCGUAUACAAAGAGCGAGAUGGGCCCCCCUGCAAGCCGACCCCCUGCGGCCAUCUCUGGCGAGCAGCCUGACACCAAGGGUCCUAAUGAACAUCAAGGCCAAAACCACCCCGAAGAAGAGGGUGAGCAUGAGGCGGAGUAUACCCACGACAGUGCUUCGUAUGAUCACGCUCGUGCUCCGUACAACUACAGCAAUGGAGCUGGCGUAGCAGCUAUGCCCAACGAUGCAAACAUGCCGUCUGACAUGGCCAACUCUCAGAGCCAUCCUCCUGCCUCAGGGCGAGCGACGCCUAGAACAGCGGCGCCUCCCCAACCCUACUACCAGCACCACACUGGCUACAACUCCCCGCAACGGGUUCAACAAUCUACCAGCAACUUGUACAACGUCAUGUCAAGGGACGGGGCGCCACAGAACGGUGCCCCAGGCAACGACGUAUAUGCACAGCCCACCGACAUGCCCAGCACCAUGUCAAACGGCUAUGCUACCCAGCCUCCGGUAAUGAAUGGCUCAGGUCAAGGCAUGAAGAGAGGGCGGGACGACGAUGAUGACAUCGUGCGGCCCGCAAGCGAUGAUAUGGGUAUGGACCUUAAGCGACGAAAGACCAUGCUGGAGACAACAGUAUCCGCACCUACGUACGACGCUCUGAACCGACCUGCUUCGGCUAUCGCAGCUCCCCGCCGCGGGCGAUAG